UUAGUUGAGGCAGCUGUGACCACAGCUGGACUGCUUGGUCCUGGGUGUCCUUGCUGAAGGGUGAGAGCAGAAGCCAUGCUGGGCAGUAGCCCCAGCGAGAGGAUGACGUGGCCCAGCCCGGCCCUCCCCACGGCCCCCCCAACCCGCCCUUUCUCCUCAGCCCCUGGGACAUCACCCAUUCCACCUCUCACGAGGACCCGCAGCCUCAUGGCCAUGUCCUUGACAGGGAGCAGACGGACCACCACUGGAUCCCGCAGGCGCACCUCUCCGCCCGUGAGCGUGCGGGACGCCUAUGGUGCCUCUUCCCUCAGCAGCAGCAGCAACUCUGGGUCUUGCAAGGGCAGUGACAGCAGCCCCACACCCAGACGCUCCAUGAAGUACACACUAUGCAGCGACAACCAUGGCAUCAAGCCUCCGACCCCAGAGCAGUAUCUGACUCCACUGCAGCAGAAGGAGGUGUGCAUCCGGCACCUGAAGGCCCGGCUGAAGGACACACAGGACCGGCUCCAGGAUCGGGACACGGAGAUUGACGAUCUAAAGACGCAGUUGUCACGCAUGCAGGAGGACUGGAUUGAGGAAGAAUGCCACCGGGUGGAGGCCCAGCUGGCCCUGAAAGAGGCCCGCAAGGAGAUCAAGCAGCUCAAGCAGGUCAUCGACACCGUCAAGAACAACCUCAUUGAUAAGGACAAGGGGCUACAGAAGUACUUUGUGGACAUCAAUAUCCAGAACAAGAAACUGGAGACACUGCUGCACAGUAUGGAGGUGGCCCAGGAUGGCACAGCCAAGGAGGAUGGCACUGUGGAGUCGGCUGGAGGGUCACCUGCCCGCUCCCUCACCCGCAGCUCCACCUAUACCAAGCUGAGUGACCCAGCCGUCUGCAGUGACCGCCCUCCUGGCAAUCCCCCCAGUGCCUCCACUGAGGAUGGGGCUGACAGUGGCUUUGCAGUGGCUGAUGACACAUUGAGCCGGACAGAUGCACUGGAGGCCAGCAGCCUGCUGUCAUCAGGGGUGGACUGUGGUCCUGAGGAAGCCUCACUGCACAGCUCCUUCAGCCUGGGCCCCCACUUCCCUGCGAGCAGCACCUAUGAGAAGCUGCUGUGUGGCACGGAGGCCGGCGUGCAAGCCAGCUGCAUGCAGGAGCGUGCCAUCCAGACAGACUUUAUGCAGUACCAACCCGACCUGGACACCAUCCUGGAGAAAGUGACCAGUGCCCAGGCCUGCGGGACAGUCCCUGAGUCGGGGAACCCAGAGCUGGACCACUGCCCACCAGGGCCCAGGGACCCCAACUCGGCAGUGGUGGUGACGGUGGGAAAUGAGCUCGAGGCCCCAGAGCCCAUCACCUGCGGGCCUGCCCCACACCAGCCUGGAACCAACCCCAACCCCGGCCUGUCGGUGAGCGUAGCAUGUCCUGUGGAGGAGGACGAAGAAGUAGCAGCUGACAAGGAGCCCAAGAGCUACUGGAGCCGCCACUACAUUGUGGAUCUGCUAGCUGUGGUAGUACCGGCAGUGCCCACGGUGGCCUGGCUGUGCCGCUCCCAGCGGCGCCAGGGCCAGCCCAUCUACAACAUCAGUUCCCUGCUCCGAGGCUGCUGCACUGUGGCCUUGCAUUCCAUCCGCAGGAUCAGCUGCCGCUCACUGAGCCAACCGGGGCCCAGCGGGGCAGGCGGCGGUUCCCAGCUCUGA